GAGUAGCGUGGGGACCGGCGUGGCGGGAGAUAGUGAGUUGGGAAGUGUUAGCAUGCAGCAUCAUAUAUUAAUCCCUCUCACAUACUUGGAUGGUGCCUCCUGUCGUACAGCACCCGUUCAUUCCAGCCAAUUGUGUCGUGCAGUGUCCAGGCAGAAGUGUGCAGGACGGAGUACAACCUCUGUCACCCCUCAGCGGCAGGCCCAGCUGACAACCCCGCAUGGAUCAUCGUCAACAGCAGCACCAGGCGAGGUGAAUGUCAAGGAUGGCAGAGUUAGAGGAGACCUGGACAGAACAGAGUUUCUAUGACAACCCCUUAGCAGUGUGGCUUGGGGAGGGUGGCACAAACCCUCUUCCGCUGGACAUCUUUACUGCCGCCAGUAUUGGCUGCUGCCAGCGGAUGAAGGACAUCAUCACUGAAGACAAAAAUGCUUGUAACCAGAAGAAUAUUGGAGGAUGGACAGCCUUGAUGUAUGCUGCUUACUAUGGCCACUGUGAUACAGUGAAGCUGCUGCUGGGACAUGGUGCCUCCCUCCACCUACGAAAUCAUCAAGGAUGUAGUGCACUCAUGUUAGCAGCAGUGUGUGGCAGUGAGGCAGCUGUGGAGAUGCUCAUCAAAGUUGGCAGCAUCUUGGAGACUCGUGACUGCCGUGAGUGGACAGCACUGUUCCAUGCAGUCCAUGCAGGACAGCGUGGGUCAGUGCACACUUUGCUGCGUCACAGAGCUAAUGCCAAUGCCUGUGAGCGAGAGAGUGGCAUGACGCCUCUGAUGCAUGCAGCACGGCUUGGCGAUGCUGGUACUGUGGAAGUACUGCUGCGAGCCGGUGCCAGCACCACCCUUACCAACCACCAGGGUCACACUGCUGCCAGGGUGGCCCAGGAUGCUGGCUUCCCUGCCAUUGCUGCCACCAUCACCCAGUGGGCUGCACAGGGUCCCAAUGGUCCCAGCUUGCUGGAUGGACCUGCUGCCCUGGAGGCCAAGCUGGGACACUCUAUGACCCCCAAAAGCAGAGCAGCAGCAGCUCCAUCUGUUGACAAUGCAAGUGUCCAGCCCACAGACUUAGAAACCCUGCUGGAUCAAGUAGGAUUGAGUUCUUAUCUGCCUGUAUUUCAUGAGCAAGAUGUAGACCUACAAGUCUUCCUUACCCUCACAGACCAAGACCUCAAGGAGUGUGGAAUACAGAAGCUUGGUCCUCGCCGCAAGAUGACUUCUGCCAUUGCUCGCUGGCACAGUAAUGCACCAUUGCGAAGCACUGUUGAAUGUGCCUAUGCUGACAAGCUGGAGGUUGAGAUGCAGGAACUUGGUGUGAAGCUAACACAUGCCCUGAAAGCUCUAGAGCAAGCUAAAUCUAUGGUGAGUCAAGAGAGUGACCUGCGCUCAGUGACAGAAGGAUGGGUGGUGGAGGCCCGAAAACGCCUCCAUCAGUGUUACCAGCAUGCUCGCCUCCUCUCUGAACAAGUGGCAGCAGUCAGGCAUUGUGUUUCACUUCUCUCAGCUCAGGUGGGCUUGGUGCAGCCUCCACUUGGCCAGCCAUCACUCAUAGCCACUGCUAUGGACACUUUGGCUGCUCAGGCUGAUUCUCUUCUGGCACUGACAGAUCCUAACAUCCCAAGAGGUCCCAAGAAUACCUCCCCUACAAAGAAGCAACAGGGGCAUGUCAGUAAUUACCUCAGCUAAUAAAUUUAUGUCCCAUAGUCAUCAUACACUAUUGUUAUGAUGUUCCUCUGUGGGGUUUUUAUUGUUAAAGGAAACAUAGACCUGUGAUGUGAAAUUUAGUCAUUCCUUCAGCCAGUAAUCAUGAGUUAAAGGAAGUUAUUUUGACAUUGAAUUGACAAAAGUUUUAAAAGGUGCUAAAUAAGGUUCACAUUGACUAAUACUUUAUGACAAAUAGAUGCAAGGAUUUGUUACAUUCCUUUGAAGUU